AUGGCAGCUGAAAUAGGGGGCGACAAGGCUAUGCACCCCGUGUUCACCUACGGAACUCUGAAGUGUGGCCAGCCGAACCAUCACAUCUUGAUGAACCCCAACAACGGCCGCGCUACGCUGAUUGGCACGGCAAGGACGCUGAAGAAAUGGCCGCUGGUUCUCGUGUCCUCGUACGAGAUACCGUGUCUGCUGCCCCGUGAGGGCAUGGGCCACUUCCGAUUCAUUCAGGAGGUGUCCGGUGAAAUGUACCUAGUGGACGACCAGAUGCUGGAGUCCCUCGACGGCCUCGAGUCGCAUCCCGACGUCUACGUCAGGACGCAGCAAGACGUCGCGUUGCUGUCUUCGCGGCUCAACUCGUCUGUCCCUGACGCCGAAGCGAAGUUGCACUCCGGGGGUUUGUCUUCGACAGAGGGCGGCGAAAUACGAAAAGCCUGGAUUUACUUCGCGCGCAAAGUAGAAGACGAACACCUGUCGCUGCCCUUCGUGUCUCGCUACAACUGCAAGCAAGAUAUUGAAUACCCGACGUCAACUGCGGACAAACAAGAGUCGCUGCGCUUUUUGAACAAACACUUUAAACACACUGCCGUAGACGAAAGCCACUACAGAGCCAAAGCAUGACACAGAUACACUCUGUGUGUGUAAAUAAACGAACUAUAACGAAGCAACGUCUUAAAUGCAUUGCUUGAAGUGCUCCCUUCGCGAUUCUUCGAAAAAUGCAAAUCUUACAGCACACGCGACCUAUUAUCUUACCCAUUCUUGACUACGCUCAUUUCGUUUGGUAACCCCUUUAUUUAUGUUAAUGCCAUUGGAUUUGAUGAGGUUCAUAAUAAGGUUGGGAUCAGACGUUCGAGCCUGAAGCCGAAUUCACUGAAAAAGCCUGAAGCUGAAAAAAGCCUGAAGCCGAAUUCACAAAGAUUUUCACUAGUAGUUGUUUGGUAUUGUUCAAGGCUGCCGUCGUUGCUAAUAGCAUGCCGAUCAUCAGGAUUGUCUUGAGUUCACUCUUACGGACAAUUCUAGUGAUGCGAAAUUACGUGAAUACGGGCCCUGAUUCCGAUAUGGAAUAUACAUGAUAUCCUGCCAAAGAAUUGUGAAGAACCACGUUAAAGUAAAUCCACAUCGAUACCCUCAAAACACACAAGAAAAUUUAUAUCCUUCUACUGUAACAAUAUCUUGGUCCCUGGGCCAAUAUCUUGGUUCAUAUGCAGUGUUAUGCGAUUUUCAUUAACACAUUUUACCAUUCAGCUAAAGAAAGUUGGCAGAACGGCACUCCGAUAUCCAUACCGUUUCUGGUACAUUGCACUUAUUUCAAUUCAUCGCCGUUUCGCUGAUUUUAUUGGUUUCCUUCUUAUUGGUGGAUUCAAUAUGGGGAAUGUGUAGGCCCGUCUACCAGCUAGAUGUUGUGGUUUGAUAACUGCCCACCCCCCCUCUGCCAUAGUGUGCUCCAGGAUAUGAUGAUGCUGUCGGCAACUAAUACCGCAGAAAAUUAUUUUUCGCCUGCUUCGCAUGUUUUAACUUAAAUGAGUACAGACACACAUUUUCGGAGGUACAGAUAUUCUACCACGUGUUUCCGGGCACGUAGCAGGAUCACACCGAAGUGCGACAAAGGUUUUAACACAAUUACAACACUUUGUCACAGCGUCAAAAACAGGGUCGUGUAGCACUAUUCAGGAGGCACAGCGGCAGUUCGCCUUUUUAAUACUGAGCGCAAACGCGACUUCUUCUUCUUCACUGCGCCUUGAUAGAAGCGGUCACGCAUACGCGCAACUCAAGCUUAUGACGGCGGUCUACAAGGGCACAGAGUAACAACACCUGAAAACAGAAAAAGAAACACACAAAAGUUAG